AUGGAAGAACAUUGUCCAAAAUGUGAUAGAUAUAGAUCUGGUAACAUCGAAAAUACCCACGACUACGAAGAGCAUCGAGUGAUCGGAAAGGGUGCUUAUGGGGUGGUUUAUUUGGUAACUCACAUUCCCAGCAAUGUUCAGUAUGCGUUGAAAAAGAUGGUUGUACGUGUAACAGAAGAUGGCAUACCUCAAAGUAUUAUACGUGAGAUUUCAGCUUUACGAGCACUGCAUUAUUUGGACCAUCCAAAUAUAGUCAAACUUCAAGACGUCUUUCAUGGACAGAUUAAAAAUGGUGAAAUGUGCUUGAGUGUUGUGUAUGAGAAAUGUGAUUGGGAUUUGUAUGAAUUUCUGCGUACCAUUCCCCGGGAUAUGGGUGAUCAUCAGUGUCGGUUUAUUGCAAAACAGAUUUUAAUGGGAUUGGACUUUCUACAUUCAAAUCAUGUAAUACAUCGGGAUCUAAAACCGCAAAAUAUAUUAAUCAAUCGUGACCAAUCAAUAAAAAUAGCUGAUUUUGGUCUAGCUCGUUAUUAUUCAAUGCAAUCAUCCUUCACGACGCUGGUGAAAUAUUUUACGUCUCAUCCGGAACUCUUGCUGCAAUGCUCUUAUAACUGUAGUGUAGAUGUUUGGGCAGCCGGAUGUAUCAUUGCAGAGUUAUAUUCUCGUCAGCCCCUUUUUCCAGCUCAAACUGAAGUUCAGCAACUCAGUAUUAUUUUUCAGAAACUAGGAACACCUCCUUCUAAUGAAUGGCCCCAAAAUGCGGUUAUUGAACGUUCAUCUUAUCCUUCUUAUCCAGGCCAGCCUAUGCGGAGGAUCGCUCCAAAAUUGCCGCUGGAUGCAUCAAGACUUGUAAAAAAAAUGUUAUCAUUUUUGCCAGAAUCAAGACCUUCAUGUGCAGAAGCACUGCGUGCUGAUUACUUUCGUCAGAAACUUGGUCAAAUUAUAUAA